AUGGAGCCCGGCGCAGGGGGCCCGCACCGCUUGCCCGCGCGGCCCCCCGAGAUCGACAACUCCGACCUGGAGGGAGAGCACAAGGGCGAGCUCAAGAUGAACCUGGUGGAGCACCUGGACUACGAGCUCAUCCCCGAGGAGAUGUGGCUCAAGCUGGUGGAGUGGUACGGUGGCGGCCCGGCCAUCAUGCGCAAGGUCAUCUGCAUGUGCCAGGACAGCCAGCCGCAGGUGGAGCUGUACCCGCCGCUGGUGCUCGUCGUGGUCGCCGGCGAGUCAGGCCAGCCGCUCCCGCAGUUCAGCCGCCGCUUCUUCAUCUCGCGCCAGUCGUCCCUGGAGGAGGUGCUUCAGAUGCUGGCCGAGAAGCUCGCGCGCCCCGUCGAGCGCUCGCGCCUGUGGCACCGCGUGAAGGGCGAGCAGUGGCGGCUACUCCGGCAGAUGGAUUCCACCCUGGAGGAGUUCUUGGACGGCAAGGUGUGGGACGCAGGGGCCUUCCUGCUGGAGUCGCAGACGGUGGCGGGCAGGUGGCCCCGCGACGAGCCGCCCGAGGCGGUUAACGCGCAGGGCCCGGACCAGGAGCUGCAGACGCACUUCGAGGUGGGCGACCGCGUCGAGGCGCAGAGCGGCGUGACGAACCAGUGGACGCAGGGCACCGUGGUGGACGUGAUCCAGCGGGACCACUCCGCCGCGCCGUCUCAGGUGAAGGUGCACUACGACUCGACGGUCUACAAGAGCGACGAGUGGAUCUCCACGGACUCGGGCCGCCUCGCGCCCAUCGACACGCACACGCGCGGCGCCAAGGCCUCGAAGGGCGGCGCGGAGGGCGCGCCGGCCGUGAGGGGCGCCACAGGCCUCCAGAACCUGGGCAACACGUGCUUCAUGAACGCCACGAUCCAGUGCGUAGCGAACACGCCCCUGCUGCGGGAGUACUUCCUGUCCUCGCAGCACCUUCGCGACAUGAGCGAGAAGGGCGGGGCGAGGGGCCGCCUGGCCGAGGAGUUCGGGAACGUCAUGGCGGGCCUCUGGUCCGGCAAGAGCGCCUCGUUCCAACCCCGCAAUCUGAAGCGGACGAUCGACCAGAUCGCGCCCUACUUCGCGGGGUACGAGCAGCAUGACGCCCAGGAGCUGCUGGCCUUUGUGCUCGACCGGCUGCACGACGACCUCAACCGCAACGCGCAGGCGGCCGCCAGUGGCCAGUCCGGCAGAGGCCCCAUCAGCCACCGCCGCGACUCGGGCACGCCAAAGCUGUUCAAGACGAUGGCGACGCGCGGAGGCGGCGCCGCCUCCUCGGCCCCGAGCUCGCCGAAGCGCGGCGCGACCCGCCCAUGCGCUCCCUCGAGGCCACCGCCGCGGAGGGCGCCUACAUAG